AUUCCCAGCAUACACUUCUAUUCUUUUGGCUCAAUCCCCCCCCAACAAACCACAGAUAUAAUAACAAUACCCAACAAUGACCUCUCUUCGCAUCCUCGUCCCAAUAAAGCGGGUUAUAGACUACGCCGUAUCACCCCCCCCCCCCCCCAAUCAUAAAAGACCGACCGUUGUCUAUAAACUAACAAAAAAAAAAGAUAAAACCCCGUGUUAACGCCACCAAAACCGCCGUAAUGACCUCCGGCGUGAAAAUGUCCAUGAAUCCCUUUGACGAGCUCUCCAUCGAAGAAUCCGUGCGCUUGCGGGAGCGCAACGGUGAUGCUGUGCAAGACAUCCUCGCGUUCUCCGCCGGACCAGCUAAGGCAGCGGACACGCUUCGCACCGCCAUGGCAAUGGGUGCAGACCGUGCGCUCCUAGUAGAACUCGAUGAGAAGCGGCCGGAGGAGAUUGAUCUGGAGCCGCUCGCUGUGGCUAAAUUGCUGAGGGAGGUGGUGCGCCAGGAAGGGUGUAAUAUGGUUAUCUGCGGGAAGCAGAGUAUCGAUGAUGACUCCGGACAGACUGGACAGAUGCUUGCGGGGCUGUUGGGCUGGGGUCAGGCCACGCAGGCCGCGAAGGUGGAGGUGCAGGGUAGUGAGGUUGUCGUCACAAAGGAGGUGGAUGGAGGGGAGGAGGUUGUUAGGGUGAAAUUGCCUGCGGUAGUUACGACGGAUCUGAGACUUAAUGAGCCGUGGGGUUUUCCCAUCUCCUGUCAGAGGUGUGUGUGUGUGUGUGUGUGAGCGAGAGGUUGACUUUUACUCGGCGGUAUAGGCGUUACGCUACUCUUCCAAACAUCAUGAAAGCAAAGAAGAAACCGAUGGAGAAGAAGACGCUGGCGGACUUCAAUGUGGAGUUCAGGAAGAGGUUGGAGACUGUGGAAGUCGUCGGUAUAUCCCCCCAAUCCCCAUUCUUUCUCCUUCCUUGUUAACGGCACCAGAACCACCCCCUCGUCAAGGAGGUGGAAAAGUCGACUCAGUAGACGGCCUAAUCUCACGGUUGAAGGAACUAGGCGCUAUCUAAUAGUUCUAUAUCAUACGUACCACUGUAUCCGGUCCUUUACUUCUCUUAGGUCCCUGACCUUUCAUUAGCACUCGUUGACCACAUAUUACAGAAGAGGGGAAGAAAAAAACGGUCACGGGAGUGCAGCCCAAUACAUCACUUAGAAUUCCCCUCCUUCCUUUCCAUUGCAUUCGUAUUUAUUUCUACUCGCGAUACUUCGCUUCGUUCUGUCUGCUUGCUGUUCGCUCGAUUCGUUCAUUCUCAUGACAGACAAGCAGACAGAUUUAUGCUAGCUAGCCUUCUUUGUUUGCAGUGAUUUAGAGCAAGGAAGAGCAAAAAAGGGAGGAUAAAGAAAAUGAGAAAAAGGAAAUCCCAGACUAGUUUUUGGAUAGAAUAGAGCCACCAUACAAACCUACGAAUGAAAAAAAUUAUGAUAUGAAAGUAGAUAAACAGUCAAGUAAGAAGAUAAUGCAUUCCAUCUGACUUUCUUUUUUUCAAUACUCUCGUUACCCAUCUUUUACUCAAGCCAUGAUGCACCAUACCUCGCAGGCAUGUGUAAAAGCAGAGAAGAAAAAAGUAGGAAAAGGAAAAAAAAGGUACCACCCAGAAGAAAGGAAAAGAUCAAACUAUUUAUGCAUUCUCACACUUUCUUUUGAACUGUCGCAUUGCCCACUGCUCAUUCUCUCCCAGCUUCAUUGGACAUUCCAUUCCGGGAGGCAAAAGGCUUAUCUUCCAACUCCAUUCAUCAAGGGGGUCGCAAGCAAGCAGAGAAAUAAAACAAAUCCGAACCGCCCUGAGAAACAGAAGAGAAGAGACCAACAACAACAAAAAAAAAAGAGUAUCAGAGAGUAGAACAGCCGUUUUUAUAUAGUCAGAAACCAACCCUACCCCCCAUCCCAAUCAAGAAAGAAAUCCGUAGCUACCAUGCAAAUGAAAAUUUAAGAUCGGACGGGGCAAAGAACAAAAAAAUAAUACUUGAAAAUGCUCAAUGACGUCUCCUAGAACCGCCGGCCCCAGCGUUGCCAGAAUUACCUCUGUUGCCACGACCGCGUUCGUAUGCUGCCAAACGUUCCCUGGAAAUGUCCGGGUCCACAGGCAUCCAGUACAGUUUCGGCUUGGCGGUGGUGGAGCGGAAAAGUUGGUCGAGGUCCUUAACCACAACUCUUCCGCCGCCGCCAGUGGUAGUGGUGUGUUGGGCUGUGUUGCUGAUCGUGGUGGGGCCGGUGGCUGCGGCAGUG